GUUUGCCUGCGCUGCCCACGCACCAGUACUACUGACUCUGCACAUGGGCAGACUCAAAAUAUGCAUUUCAGAUCACCUGUCGAACAAAAAAAAAAACAAUCAUUUAAUGUGCAUCUAUUUAAUGUGCAAAGGGAAACGAUUUUAUACUGAGAAAUACAUUUUUGGGUUCCACGGCACGGAAAAGUUUUGGUCUCAUUUAAACGAGCUCUACAACGACUUAAGAAACGCCUACUACUCAUUGAUAUAGUGGCUAAGUAAAACCUCACAAGAACGACCAAAAAGCGCUGUUAGGUUUGAUUCUUUUUCUGCGAUUGUUUUUAUACAUUUACACAGCAUUAAUCUGUGCACCAGGUUGCGGAUGUAAGGCAUUCUUGUGUAACUUUUAGUUAAAGUUUGGAGACACUGGCUGCUGAUAAACAACAAAUCAAUAAAAAGUUGAAUCAUGGGGAGAAGACAAGCACGGCGGAAAGAUGAAGAUUUUAGUUUUGUUAGCCCUUUUGUCAAAUAUUUGCUCUUCAUUUUUAACAUGAUAUUUUGGAUCAUCUCCAUGGUGAUGAUGCUGAUGGGUGUCUAUGCCCGAGUAAUGAAGCACGCAGAGGCUGCCAUGGCCUGUCUGGCUGUGGACCCCGCCAUCUUGGUGCUGGUUGUGGGCGCGCUGAUGUUCCUCAUCACCUUCUGCGGCUGCGUCGGAUCCCUGCGCGAGAAUGUUACCCUGCUGCAUACGUUCUGCGUCUGCCUGACUGUUAUCUUCCUGAUGCAGCUGACUGCUGGAAUCCUCGGCUUUGUCUUUUCGGACAAGGCCCAAGGCAAAGUCAGCGAGUUCAUCAAUAAUGCCAUUGUUCACUAUAGAGAUGACCUGGAUUUGCAAAACCUUAUUGAUUUUGGUCAGAAGGAGUUUAACUGCUGUGGUGGCGUCUCCUACAAGGACUGGUCCCUAAACAUGUAUUUCAACUGCACCCCGGAGAACCCCAGCCGCGAGCGCUGCUCCGUGCCCUUCUCCUGCUGCCUGUUGCCCAAAGAUGAAGCGAUCGUAAACACCAUGUGUGGACAGGGGAUGCAAGACCUGGACCAGCAGCAGGCCAGUGUCUUCAUCAACACCAAGGGCUGCAUUGACAGCCUGGUCACCUGGAUCCAUGACAACUUGUUCCUGUUGGGUGGUAUUGCAAUGGGCCUUGCUAUCCCCCAGCUAGUGGGCAUCCUCCUGUCCCAAGUCCUGAUCAACCAGAUUACAGACCAGGUGGAGCUGCAGCAGUACAACCUCCAGCACCGCUCUGAUCCGUGGCAGUGAGACUGCGCCAUGAGGAGGACGCAUGACCCUGGACUGAGGUCCUCUGAAGAACAUGUACCUGAGGGAUUAUCCCUUUGGGUAUGAGGACCAAGCCUUGAGUUAUUGAAUCUUAGGAGACGUGAAGGCAUUGCUUUACUUGGAAAAGAAGAGUUUGUUGUUCUGCUUAUGCUUUUGCACAUGCCGAAUAUCUGCUUGGAACUAGAUAUUUAUCGGUAUUUUAUAUCUGGCUCAAGACCAUUGAGGCAGUGAUGUGGACAGAGACAUAAAGGAAGGCUGGAGUUUCCCCCUUAGGAUGAUUUUCCUGCAUUUCUUCCAACACCCAUGGAAGUCCAUGUCCUGCCAGGAAUACUACAUUCGUUGGAAAACUCCAUGAUUCAACAUAGGGAAAAGAUUACUGUAAGAUACAGUACUGUGCAAAAGGGUUAGGCAGCCAAGGAGAAUUAUGUUUAAUCGAUAUUCAUGUUGGUGUUAAACUAUGCUAUUAUGCCUGACAAAGUGUGUUAGCUUAGCCAUUUGAAAACCUCUCCUAAAGUCACCCCGGUAUUUGCAGCAACUAUCUAAUGCGCUCAUGUAUUUUUUAACUUGGCCACUAGAACACCUCAUAUAAAUAAUCAAUAUCACAUUGAUAUAUCUCAUUGACUGAGCUGGUGGUGAAAUUUAAUAAAUACUUGGAAUGGCUGAGGUGCCCCUGAGGAGAGGUUUGGGAACUAAAGUUGUGUUCAUCUAGCCAUCCAGCAAGAUAUCUGUGACUUUGUGUAGAAAAGAAGAAAUUAUUACUAUUUUUUAUUGUGUUACUCUUAAUUUGCAUAUGUUCUACUGUCAAAUUGUGUUUUUGUUCUGUGCAUAAGUGCCCUUACUGCCCAAAUAAAUAGCUUUAAACAUUUCUUUGGACUGCCGAAGACUUUUGCACAGUACUAUACACUACCGUAAGAGUUAAGAUCAGUGUCUUGAUUUUUAUAACUUUGUUUUUUCACACUUGUAUUCAUACAGUAGGUCAUGAGUAUUCAGGUUUAUAAACGUAGUUUUGGGCACAAUUACAGAGCCAUUUACUGAAACAGAACAUUUAAUGGUGAUUGUGUUUAUUUUAAAAAGUUGUUUAUUUUAGUGUUAGUUUUGCUGAUGUUCAGUCUUUAUGAAUACACAUCUUAUCUUAAUAAAUUUUGAUUUUGUAGCA